AUGGAGAAGGAAGACCUCCAAACAACACCUAUCCCAUCCCUAGGAUCCUCUGCGGGAAGCCAGCUGGACGAUGAGCUACCUACUUCACCCCUCAUGUUGAUUGUGGACUCCUAUCCCGAUAACCUCGUCGUCAAAUACCUCAUGGCACCGUUUGUCAAACAUACUUUCCUAACCCUCCUUACACUCCUGGCUUUUCUCUUUGGCUCUCUUCCAGUGUGUGGCCAUUGGAACUCGGAGGAGGUUUGCGACCGCAGAUUUCACCAUCUAGCAUUUUUAAUUGCGAUAGGACUAGUGAGCUUGAAGGGCUAUGCUAAUUACCUUGGGCGAAAGCUUAAAAAACGAGGAGGGGUCACGAAAGGCUCAGCUUAG